AUGGCCCUGCAGCCUUAUCGGGAAGAGGAUUUAAACUAUUUUAAAUUCUCGUCCCUUGUGCUCAACGAAUUUCCAAGAACCUUGAGAAAGACGUUUAAAACGAUGUGGGACAACUCUUAUGGACAUCGCCCAGGUUUCCAGCUCUGGGAUGAUUCUAAUGCUGUAAGAAAUUUGUUUGGUUCGAUAGAAGGUGACAGAAACAAAGUACCUGUUCAUCAGUCUUAUAACGAAUGGGAUUGCACUGCUUUGUUUCAAGCCACUCUCUACUCGAGGGCCUUCGCCUUACAUCACGGAACGCUAAAUGAUUUGUAUAUCAAGCCACGUGGACUUUCACAUGGCCAUUUUCACGCAUCAGUGGUGAGCAAGGCUGGAGACAACGCAGAAACCUGCGCACUAGCGAUCGAUCAGCUUCGUAUUUUGAGAAAUUCCCUCUGUCACUCGACCAGUUCUAAGAUGGAAAAAGUGUUAUUCGACAAAUGCGUCCAACACGCCAAAGAUGCUUUCCUCGCCCUUGGAGUUUCAACAUCUCCAAUUGACGUAGUUGUUAGUUUAACGGAAUCAGACUUUCCGACAAUUGAAGUUCGUAGACUUGAGCGAAUGAUUAGAGAAGCAAAUUCGGCGCACAUCAAACUUCUUGAAAGCAUAACGCAAAAUACUGCUGACAAAGAUGAUGUCAAAAUGUUGGCGGAAAAAAUGGAAGAGCUUAAGACUUUGCAAGACAAGGGUGCUAUUCCUUCAAUGCCAGGUAGGGUAAGUCAUAGUGAACUCCAGAAAAAUCAAAGAAUGACUGGGUUUGUGAAGCCUAGUUCAGCUCUUGGAAUUUACUGAGAGUAGGAUAACUGUCAGCUUUGAAAACUAAGCCCGUCUCCUUGUUAAAACCAACCAAUUUCUGUACUAGGCUUUGAUAGAUAUUUUAAGUGAACGUGCGUGCACUCAUGAUAGCUUAUUCAACGGCAACAGAAGCUUCAACCUUAAAUCAGUCGCUUAAGAAUAUUGUUUAGGCGAAUUUAGUUCCUUGAACUGAGAUAAGAUAAAGUAAUGAGAAAAUGCAGGCUACCAGAGUUCCAAGAGUAUAUCAAGCUGUAUGGCCACAAUUUCUUGUUUUUGAACGUCUGUAGUGGCGAGUAGGGAGGGGGAGAGACAGAAGUAUCUGGAAGCUGCCACUUAACGAACCCAGGUACCAGGGGUCAGGACGUCGGACUCGCAUAAUUAGGCGGUCCCGGGUUCGAGUCCAGUCGCGUCCACUCGCUGUCCUCGGACACACUUGUAAAAGUUCUACCUGUUAAGGUUUUCAAUUCUGUCAUGUUCUAUUUGAAUUAUUUGUUUCUAAGUAUUUGAGUGGAGUGCUUGUGAAGUAGCUGGAUAAACUAAGUGCAUGCACUUUAAACUAUAAACAAACCUAACCACUUGAUUGUAUUUUUAAGCAUCUAAAUGUAAUCUCAGUGUAAUCUCUGUAUCCACAGCUCGUCUUCGACUGCUGAUUGAUUGUGAAGAAUUGAUUGGACUUUGUCCACAGGAGGGAGUUUCAAGUGCAAUCGUUACCCAGAGGGCAGACCAAGCAAUGCUCCAAGGAUCCGCAGUUGUAUCGACCACCUCUGCUAGCCCCGGGACUGUGGCCGAGGCAUUCCAAAAGAGGGAAAACACAGAGGCAGAAGAACCAAAGGAACCGAAGGGAGCGGCCCAAGGGGAGGCAGUGGUUAUAAAUGGCUUGGGGCAAGAAAAGAUUGGAAAUGGAGCUGUUCCCUCCCCACAAGACAUUCUGAGUUCUAUCGCGUCAAAGUACCUACAGGCACUUAACCCUUCAACAUCGGAGGAGUUUAAUGGUUUUCUUCAGUAUAUGGAAAAGGUGCGUAAAGUUAUUAUUGUGGAUGUUAAGACUGGAAGCUUAAUAGUCAUGGUGGAAUGUAGCUCUCUUCAGGUCCUGGACGAACUCUGGGAAGAUUAUAACACAGGUCAUCUUAGUGGAAUGGUACAGAAAUGCCUUGUGACCCAGGAAAUUCUAGAGGAGUUUGCCCUAGCUGAAGUAAAAAUCACAACAACUAUUAACGAAGAGGAGUACAGAGCAUGCCGCGAGCUAUUCUUGAAUCUUCCAAGUAGGUGUAAAGAUUAUCACACUGUAAUUAGCUAAUAUUAUCUGUCAACCCUCUCUUAUUUUCAUUUGAAACUGGUAGUCUAUGGCUGCAUGAUUCGUGAAAACGUUGAAGAGCCUAUUAAUUAAAACAUAAUUAAGUUAAGCUAAUUUCAAAGUUCUUCACAGGAGUAAAAGAAGAAUUUCCGUGAUUUGAAAACUCGACGAAAACAUAGACUGAGUUGUUUGUGCCCGUCUUCGUUAUGACAUCGACUGCUUCAAAUUCCCAACUCUGAGCACGUUAACAAGUCAAAUGAAGGAAUAUUGAGGGGUGCGAGGAAAUUUUAAUGUACCUAUUUGAUAGAUACAUAAUACGCUAUGCCAGCAGAGAAGGUUUACUGUCUGGGAGGGGACUGUAGGAAUUUCUCACCCCCCCGGAUCCUAGAACUGAUGGUACCAUAUCAUGUCAACGGGGAUUUUAUUAUCCUAUUUUAGGUAGAGUAGGUACCCAAAUUCCCUGUCCUUUUUCAGACCAACUGUGCACCUUGUCGGUUCAAGGCAUUCAGAUAUUGGGGACGGCGCAAAAGAAAAUACGAAGAGGAAGUAAUAUCGAGGGGUGUUCGUCUCUUCCCCUUUUUUUCCUCCGCGCUCCAUUUCGCGCCACUCUCUACUAUUCGAAAGACUAGAGUAGGUUACUAUAAAUAAGAAACUCCAAUGUUUAUACCACUGACCAUUUUCCAAAAAUGAUACGAAAUACUAAACCAUAUUCCUCUAAUUUCUUCACCCUAUUCCGGCCUAAACUGCUGAUGACGGCGGCAUUUUAAUAUCGAUUGUACCCUUUUAUUAUAUCUUUGAAGACAUGAAAGCAUCGCAGCCAAGAAUGGAAAUAGAGGCUGCAAACACCGAUGACAUGUACUACACACUUGGAGUGACACAGCAUAAAAAACGUGAUUUCAAAGCAGCUCUUCAGUUUAAACAGCGUGCGCUGUCCAUACGAAUUAAAUUGUUUGGAGAAGAACACGAAAAAACUGCUGACAUUUGCUUCUCACUCGGGUUAACACAACAUAAACUAGCUGACUUUACAGCAGCUCAUCUGCAUAAAAAACAAGCUCUGUCCAUACGAAUAAGACUGUUUGGAGAAGAAUACAAAACUGUUGCCGACAAUUACCAUUCACUUGGGACGACACAGCACAGACUAGGUGACUCAGUAUCAGCAGUUCAGUCUCACCAGCGCGCAUUGGCCAUCCGUAUGAAACUGUUUGGAGAAGGACACAAAAGCACUGCUGAUAGUUUUAACUUACUUGGGAAAACACAGUAUGAAUUAGGAGAUUUCAGGUCAGCCCUUCAGUCUUACCAGCGUGGGCUGGCCAUCCGUAUUACACUGUUUGGAGAGAAACACAAAAGUACUUUCGAAAGCUACCACUUACUGGGGAUAACACAGCAUCAAUUAGGUGAUUUCAAGACAGCGCUCCAGUCUCACCAGAGCGCGCUGGCCAUCUGUUUUAAACUUUUUGGAGAAGAACACGAAACCAUUGCUGACAGUUACUACCUAAUUGGUAUAACACAGCAAAAAAUGGGUGACCUCCAAUCAGCCCUUCAGUCUUACGAACAAGCCCUGGCCUUCCGUGUUAAACUGCUUGGAGAAGAGAAUGAAAGCACUGCCUACAGUUACCACGCACUAGGGAUAACACAGCAUCAACUAGGUUACUUCAAAUCAGCUCUUCAUUCUCACCAACGUGCGCUGGCAAUCCGAAGUAAGCUGUUUGUAGAAGACAACAGAAGCACUGGCGAUAGCUACUAUUCACUUGGAAUAACAGAAUAUCAACUCGGUGACUACGAAUCAGCUGUUCGGUUCUACGAGCUGGCUCUGGCCAUCUAUAGUCAAUUGUUUGGCGAAGAACACGAAAUCAUCGCUCACAAUUACCACUCAAUGGGGGUAACACAGCAUCAACUAGGUUACUUCAGAUCAGCCAUUUAUUCUCACCAGCGUGCGCUGGCCAUCCGCAAGAAAUUGUUUGGAUUAAAACACGAAAGAACUAGAGAAAGCUACCACUCACUAUGGGCAACACAGUACAAACUCGGUACCAUCAAGCCAUCAGCCUUUACGUUUAACUAA